CGCUGCCGGUCUGGCCGCUGCCGUGUGAGGAGCCGAGUGUGGCCGCCCGGGGCUCAGGCCACUUGUCCGUUCUCCGGCACCUCUCACGCGCGGGAUGCUGUUUCUGGCGUUGGGCGGCCGGUGGGCGGCCGGACUGCGGCUCGGUGGGAAGAGGACGGCGUUGUGGGCCACAGCCGCACUCCGAGGCCCCAGGGCGGCAGUCUCGCGGUCGGCCUCCUGCAACGGGCCCUUGUGGCGGGUCGGCGGCGGGAGCGCGGGGCUGCGGGGAGCCGCGCCCCUUCUCCUGUGUGCCGGGAGAGCACAGAUACCUGUUUGUUGGGAAGGAUGUGUUCGAUGCUUACAUACACAGCUUGAGGAAUUAGAAGAUGGAAGGCUGAUUUAUACUGGGAAUAUGGCCCGAAUGGUAUUUGGUGUGAAAUGUUUUUCUUAUUCUACAAGUGUGAUCAGCCUUGCAUUUCUACCAUACAUUUUUUCACAAAAUAAUAUAUUUGGAAGUCUGCCUUUGCAAAUCUUAUUUUAUGGCAUCAUAGGAAGCUUUACAUUGGUCACACCAGCGCUACUUCACUUUCUUACAAAAGGCUAUGUCAUUCGGUUGUACCAUGAGGCCACGACAGACACUUAUAAAGCCAUUACUUAUAAUGUUGUGCUUUCAGAAACAAGUACAGUGUUUCACCAGAAUGAUGUGAAGAUUCCAGACAGCACACAUGUGUUUACCACAUUUUAUGCUAAAACAAAAUCACUGCUAGUUAAUCCACUGCUCUUUCCAAACCAUGAAGACUAUAUCCAUCUAAUGGGUUAUGACAAACCAUUCACUUUUGAUAUGGAAGAAGCCAGUGAAGAGAAACAGCUUAAGGACGAGAAAUGAGCCUAUUUUAUGUUUGUGCUUAAAUGUAUUUAUAUUUCAAUGUAUAAUAAUAAAAUUGCCUUUACUUUUAUAUUCUGUUAGUGACUGAUUGUUAAAAAUAAUUUGAAACUGUCAAACAGAACUUUUAAUUAAUUUUUGGAGAAUGAUGUUCCUUUAUAAUAAAAUAAGCUAUGUAUAAAAAAAAUAGUAUCUACCAUUCAUGUGAAAGUGUGUGCAUGAAUUUACACGUACAGGCUGGUUUAUGCAAGAAUAAUUUGAGCUAUGUAUAAUAAGUGUGGUUGCCUCUAUAAAAUAAGGAUUAGAUGUCAGAAGCAAAUGGGGAGUUACUUUUUUCUUUGUGUUUGGAUUUUUCUGAGUGUAUGAAUAUUCUUUUCCUACAUUAAAAGACAUUUGGAAAAAUUUACAAA